GAGUUGGAGUUUGUACAGAUAAUCAUAAUUGUGGUGGUCAUGAUGGUCAUGGUGGUUGUCAUCACGUGCCUGCUGAACCACUACAAACUUUCUGCAAGGUCUUUCAUCAGUCGGCCCAGCCAAGGACGGAGAAGAGAAGAAAACCUAUCAUCGGAUGGCAGCUUGUGGCCUUCGGAAAGCACAGUGUCAGGAAAUGGUGUAACGGAGCAGCAAGUCUAUACGCCAAGGCCUACAGACAGACUAGCAGUUCCAUCCUUUUUGCAGAGAGACAGAUUUAACAGAUUCCAGCCAACGUACCCUUAUAUGCAGCACGAAAUUGACCUGCCCCCUACCAUCUCCCUGUCGGAUGGAGAAGAGCCACCUCCUUAUCAAGGGCCCUGCACCUUGCAGCUCCGAGAUCCCGAGCAGCAAAUGGAACUCAACAGGGAGUCGGUCCGAGCCCCUCCCAACAGAACCAUCUUCGACAGUGACCUGAUAGAUAAUUCAAUGUAUGGAGGACCCUGCCCUCCGAGUAGCAACUCGGGCAUCAGCGCGACCUGCUACGGAAGCAACAGCCGAAUGGAAGGGCCUCCUCCUACGUACAGUGAGGUCAUUGGCCAUUUCCCUGGUUCCACGUUUUACCAGCACCAGCAGAACAACAGCGGGGUGCCUUCAUUGCUUGAGGGAGGGAGAUUCCAUUCACCUUCACCCAUCAGCAGUCUUGAGAGCACAACGAUGUGGAACAAAGAAAAGGACAAACAGAAAGGGCACCCUUUUUAAAAAAGAAAAGAAAGGAAACACUCUGCACUUCUUGAUAAAUGGGAGGGGGGAGUAUAUGGAGAUGGGGGAGUGAAACCAAACGCCCUUCUCCACGUCUGUGUAGUAUAAAUAUUUACAUGUUAUGUUUGGUCUGAAUGCACAAGCCAACAAAACUUGCAAAAACAUUUCUUUGUUGAGCUCUGUUUAGAAGAUUUUGAUUUUUUUUUUCCUUUUUAAAGAAAUCUACAGCAGUCCUUCCCCCCCCCCAUUUCCCCCUUCCCAGUUUUGUUUCUAGUUGAGUUGCGUGUAUGGAUGCUACAACUUUUGUUUUAUUUCACUUAACUUUAAAGAUGAAAAAUAUUUGCACAAAAACGUUUGU